AUGUCGAGUGUGGGGGCAGUGACCGAAGACAAGGAUCAGGAUGCCGAUGACACGGCUCAAGCGGUGUGCGUGGCGACGGGGAUGUUGCUCACUGCCGUCACGCUGGUGGUGCCCACUCGCCCCAUGGUGAUCCUGGGCAUCAAGGGCCCCGGCGAGUCGGCCGCGCGGAUCAUGGGCCUCAUGUCUGCUUCCGGAGCGGCCGUAGAACUGCUGGUGAACCCGGUGUUCGGAAAAGUGUGCGACCAUUACGGCCGCUGA